GGGAUCGCGCCCGUCACCCGUCGGUGUGGCCGGGCAGCUGCGGGUGCGCGGCGGCAUGGUGGGUGGCAGCAUCUCCCGGCUCUCCGACCGCUACGUGCGCUUCCCCACGUCACUCGGGGGCCACGGCUCGGACGCCAUGCACACGGACCCUGACUACUCGGCUGCCUAUGUCGUCUUAGAGACUGAUGCGGAAGAUGGACUCAGGGGGCAUGGAAUUACUUUCACUCUGGGAAGAGGCACUGAAGUUGGAACUCUGCUGACUCGCUCACAGUGGAGGGACUCUGUGCACAGUGAUGCUCCUAGCACAGACGCGAGGCGAGGCUCUUCUGGGCUAGUUGCUGAGUUCAGCGCGUUAGGGCCUGCACAGUCUCUCCCCUCCUCCAAGCCCACCCCACCCGGCUGUCCUGAUAGACUUCUCAGGCAGGGGUUUAAGGUGGAAGUUGGUGCCGAUCUCCAGGAUGACAUCCACAGAUGCCGACUCAUCAGAAACAUGAUUGGACCUGAGAAGACUUUGAUGAUGGAUGCCAACCAGCGCUGGAAUGUGCCCGAGGCAGUGGAGUGGAUGGCAAAGCUGGCCGAGUUCAAGCCUCUGUGGAUUGAGGAGCCCACCUCUCCUGAUCACAUUCUGGGCCACGCCACCAUCUCCAAGGCAUUGAUUCCAUUAGGCAUUGGCGUUGCCACAGGAGAGCAGUGCCACAACAGAGUGAUGUUUAAGCAGCUCCUACAGGCGAAAGCCCUGCAGUUUCUCCAGAUUGACAGCUGCAGGCUGGGAAGUGUCAAUGAGAACCUCUCAGUGUUGCUGAUGGCCAAGAAAUUUGAAAUUCCUGUUUGCCCCCAUGCUGGUGGAGUUGGCCUCUGUGAACUGGUUCAGCAUCUGAUUCUAUUUGACUUCAUAUCAGUCUCUGCAAGCCUCACGAACAGGAUGUGCGAAUAUGUCGACCACCUGCAUGAACAUUUCAAGUAUCCUGUAACAAUCAAGAAUGCUUCCUACCUGCCUCCUAAGGGAGCUGGCUAUUCCACAGAAAUGAAGGAGGAAUCUAUAAAGAAACACCAGUACCCAGAUGGUGAAGUCUGGAAGAAACUCCUCACGGCUCAAGGGUUCGGCCCUCACACCCACUUCUUUUUUAAGUGAAAAGGCUUAAAAUUUCUUGGGUCUGGUUUUAUGAAAAUAGGGAAAGAAAAUCAUCUACCAGUGAAAACAAAUUCAGCUGAAAGUUAUAUUAUCCUCAAGAAUCAGCACAGUAAUUAUUCUUACUUAAUUCUUUUAGCAAAUAAACAUACUCUCCUACUUAGGCCUUAAACAAAUUUAAAUGUAACUAGCUCAAAGUAUAAGAUGUUCUUAUAAGAUUUCUACCAAGUGCUGGUACCCAGACAUUAAACUCUACUUUGAAAAUAA